AUUCCCUGCGUUUCUCUUCGAGUAGCCGUAGUUUCGAGAGAGUGCCCUAGCGCCGCCAUUGCCGCGCGUUAUCGAAGCUCUGCGAGAUUGAUUCAGAGGAAUCGAAGAGGUUCCCAAAUUUCUUAGAGAAAUCAAAGGGAAAGAUGGUGGUGAGAAUCCGUCUAUCGAGAUUUGGGUGCAAGAACAAGCCUUUUUAUCGAGUCAUGGCCGCCGAUAGCCGAUCUCCGAGAGAUGGCAAGCAUCUUGAGGUCUUGGGUUAUUACAAUCCAUUGCCAGGGCAGGAUGGUGGUAAGAGAAUGGGGCUGAAUUUUGACAGAGUGAAAUAUUGGUUAUCGGUUGGAGCACAGCCAUCGGAUCCGGUCCAACGUAUUCUCUUCAGGGCCGGACUUUUACCUCCUCCGCCAAUGCUGGCAAUGGCACGGAAGGGUGGGCCCCGUGAUACUCGUCCAAUUGAUCCUAUGACUGGCCGCUAUUUGAAACCGGACAGUCCUGAAUCCGUUGAUCAGUUAGAAGAAGGUGAAGGCGAGGUCAAUGAAGAGACCGACAACCCAGCUUCAUGAAAUUCUGUCACAUACCAAUGUCAUUGCUUACUUGUUUCUGUUAUUGCCAGAGUUGUUAUCACAUGUAAAACUUGUGAAUCGUGGAUGCAAUUCAACUUUUCAUAGAAGAAAAUCUGAAUUGUAGCAGAAAUUUUACUGUUAUCUUGCAGGAAAUCUGAUUCAUUUCUUAAGAUUUCCGUCAAA